AUGGGUUACUAUUUGAAAACGUAUCUGUUCAAUCCCCCGUUUGUGUCGCUGCCAACACAGUUAAUCAAGUACCCCAAGCUCCAGGAAGGGAUUCGUUUGUUCCAAACCGCCUUCAAAACCGGAAUGGCCGUCACGAUGAGUAUUUCAAACAAGAAAAUUGUAGAAGACGAUAAAGAGUUCAGUCUACUGUUCCCAUGGAUUCCGCACUUGUUCAUCAACCCGUCGGAUCUCAUUUGCGCUGAAUACCUGGAAUACUUCCAGCACAGAGAGAGGAUCGGCGGAGAAAUUGGACGGGUUGCGGAGCGGAAUUCAGUACGGUGCAUGGUGGCGAAUGCGAUGGGGAAGGAUUGUAAGCCCUCACACCUCAUUCCUUCUGCUUAUCUCACCAUCAAUUUGAAUGGUUCGAAGAGGGAGGCGCACAAUCUCAGCCAGUGGUGGCACCCACAUUUGAAGCUUCAUCACAAGCUAUACCAGUUAUGA